AUGCUAAAGUGGGUUGUGGAGCUCAACAUGUUUGACUUAUCGUUUGAGCCCAUAAAAGCGAUCAAAGGGCAAGCCUUGGCAGACUUCAUUGUAGAGCUUACUCGGCCUCCAAUAGAGUGCGUCCAGGACCCAGCGGAAGGAAAGCAACAUUGGACCCUUAUGGUGGAUGGGUCGUCCACUGCCAAUGGUUGUGGAGCUGGGAUCAUUUUUCAGUCACUAGAGGGAGAUAAGUUUGAAUAUGCCAUGAAAUUUCAGUUCCAGGCUUCAAACAAUGAAGCAGAGUAUGAAGCUCUUUUAGCCGGCAUCAAAAUGUGCAAAGCGGCCGGAGCCAUGGAAAUUGAAGCAAAGACGGAUUCUCUGCUAGUAGUCAGUCAAGUCAAUGGAGAUUUUGAAUGCAAAGAAGCAUCCAUGAGUAAAUACAUAAAUCUGAUCAAGGAACAAAUAAAAAAACUAAAGCGGUUUGUGCUCGACCAAGUACCAAGGUCGGAAAAUCAUCAAGCGGAUGCUCUCUCCAAGCUAGCCAGUUCGGCCGAAGGAGAUGUGCCAAUAACUGUGUUCUGGGAGAUCAAGUCGGCCAAAAGCAUUGAUCAAAAGGAGGCUAGGGAUAAAUGGUUUGAACUGUGGGAUGAAACUCUUUACAAAAAAGCCUUCAACCGGCCUCUCCUCAAGUGCAUCACUAGAGAGGACGGGUUAGAGGUCCUGAAGGAGCUGCAUGAAGGAGCUUGUGCUUCCCAUAUUGGGGGAAGAGCGUUAGGGGAAAAGGCCUUAAGGACUGGCUAUUACUGGCCGACCUUGAAGGAGGAUACUUUGCUUUAUGCAAAGAAGUGUGAUAGUUGUCAAAGGCAUGGCAACAUUUAUCAGAAGUCUUCCAACUAUCUAACUCCGGUUCUUUUUCCCCCUCCCUUUGCCAAAUGGGGGAUGGAUAUUCUUGGCCCAUUUCCUGUGGCAGCCGGCCAGAAAACAUUUGUUAUAGUAGCCGUCGACUACUUCACAAAAUGGGUGGAGGCUGAAGCAAAGAGAGGAAUCACCACCAACGAUGUGAAGGGGUUCGUCUAG